AUGAGAGCAGAAGCUCUGGACCACCCAGUGAUCAUGAAUGGCAAGUUUGAGUACCAGUCAACAGACCAUGGGUCAAGAUUCCAGACUGUCAUCAGUCAUCUGUUCACCAACUCAUAUAUGGUUGAUGUGACUCUGGCUUGUGUGGAUGGUGUUUUAAAAGCUCAUCAAGUUAUCCUGGCAGCAUUCAGUCCCUACUUCCAAGGAAUAUUUGGAUCAAAUCCUUGUCAACAUCCAGUGGUAUUGUUACACAAUGUGCCCUUGAGUGUUGUUGGUGGACUAGUGAGGUUCAUGUAUGAAGGAGUCAUGAGUUGCUCAAUCUCAGAGCUACCAGGGAUCCUGGAUUUGGCAAGAAGUCUGCAAAUCAGGGGACUGGAGAAUUUACACAGUCAAGGAUCAACAACCCAUUCUCCAGCUUUUUGCCCUACCCAGGAGUUUUGCUUUGAAACUAAUGGGUCAGCAAAUCCAGAAAGGGCUGAAGCAUUGCUUCAAGAAAGAAGUACAAUGGGAAACACAAGUUAUAUCAGAUCAAGUGGGCCCACCAAUUCCCUGUGCCACAAUGCAGAGAUCCAUAAGUCACCAUCUUUACCUGUUCAGGGUCUCUACAUUGAAACCUUAAAUCCUGUUGGUACCCUGUCACAAUCAGAGAAACAAUCAAGCAGUAAAGCCUCUACUCCAGUCCCCAAGACAGUCAACUUGCAAGCUGCCUGGUCACCAAACUUCAGUCCAAGCCAAGGAUUAUGUGUUCAGAAUACUUCACAACACACAGAAAAAGUUGCUGUCAACAUGACAGCAAAUAACAAGCCUCAAUUGGAAGUAGAUGGAAAUGAAUUAUUAGUCACUGAGGAAAACAACUGUCUGGCACCUUUGAAUCUUUCACCCAACAGACCAGCACAAAGCUCAAGUGAAACUCAAGCAGAAAAUCCAAGUUACCCUGAGGAACUUGAGCCUGAGUCAAUUCCUGAAUUAUCUGAUCCUCCUCAACCUGUAAAUGAUGCUAAAAAGUCAAUCAGAAAGGUUAAGAAAAUCAAGAAAACCAAAACAGCCAAACAAUCUCAAACAAAAAGUUUCCUAAGCAGGAGAAGAGGAAGACCAAAAGCAAUGAGUCAAGAAGUUGUGACAUUUGUCUGCUUGGAAGAAGAAGGCAAAAGCAGGUACAAUUCAAUGUACAACAAAAAAGCCAGAGAACUUGGGCUGAAAUCUGGAUGGAAUCUACUAGAGGACAGAAUAAGAAGAACUUUGAAAGGUAACAGCAAGGACAGGAGCAAAGGAGUGCUGGAGAAGAGUCGAAUGGUGUUGAAGUUCUGCAUUCCAGGGGACCUCAUCAAUCUUUCAGAAAAUGGCACCUAUGACUUUUACAAUCCUGAUACUGGACAUAGAGGUCACAUUCAUGACCCAGCUUUUUCAGCAGACUGUAAAAUCCUUACUCUGAAGGCACUGGUUCGCCAAACUCAGUUUGCACUCAAGGAAGAGCAACUUGCCUUCAUCAAAGAAGGCAACAUGGCUGCUGCCAGCUGCUAUGGCAGAAGGGCUGUCACUGAAAGCCUGCAAAUGUUGGCAACACUGCAGAAAUCCUCUGAUAGAGCUCCAGAUUCAUCCGAGUCAUCACCGAAACCGGAAGCAAAUUCGUUCCUGUCUGAGUUCCCUGGGCGUCCGGAAGUGUCUACGAAUUCCGCAUCCGUUUCCGGUUUACCAAAUCUCAUAUCCGGGUCGUUGAAAUCGUCUGCCAGAGAAGUUGGACCUGAGGACGUCGAAGCUGUUCCCUGUUGUUUGAAUCUCAAGUUUGGGGCAGAUCCCAAGAAGGGUCCUUGCUGGUUGAACCCUUCGCGAUGGGGUUCGGGCGACGAAUCUGCAUUUUCCGAAAUGAAACAGAAUACGAACUUUUAUUUGUUGAAGAAGUGUGGGAAAAUGAAGUGGUGUUCGGCUGCAGGAAUUUUAGCAGUUUUUGUGUGGCUAAGUAUUUUGGAGGAAGAGUCGGUGGACGCUAAUCCUUUGGCUAAUCCUGUGGCUGAGGCAAAUCCUGAUCCACUGGCUUUACCUGGAAGCAGCAGUGGAAGUGGGAAAGGAAAGAAACAUUAUCACAAACACCAUCAUCAUCAUUACCACAAACAUGUUCACAAGCAUAAGCAUGGACAUAAACAUAAACACAAGAAGAAGAAAAAGAAGCCUAUGAGUAGCAGUUCAGGAAGUUCUUCAGGAAAAAAGAGGUCUUUCGUGGAUUUACCCCAAUUGUAUCCAGCGAUACAAAAGAAAAGGUUGAAGAAACCUGUGGGGAAGGACUCAGAAAAUGAUGUGAAAUCCCCGGAUUUUCCGUCGUCGCAGUCCAGCGAAGCAGAUUACGUGGAAAUCCCAGCUUCUCCGACGUCUGUGGCCCAGUUGGACGCGGACGCGGGUGCGGAUGAAGAAGCGACACCUAUCGGAGAGAAACAGAAACGCAGACGCAAAGGACGCGCAGGGGACGCACCUGAAGUUUAUCAAUAUGCAACAGGACGGCAUCCAGUGGUGCUUCCGGGGAUGGACGAAGUGUCGAGCAAAAGAGGAUAUACGGAUUGGAGGAAGGUGGAAAAGGAGAGAAUGGGUGGGAUCAGAGUCCUAUGGGGCAAUAUAGAGUGCAAUGAACACAAGUGUGCAACCACUGUGCCAGCAGCAGCAGGGCUACACAUGCGUGCGGCUACACCAGAAGCUGGCCAGGAAAAGUCCCCCUUGCACCCUGCUGCAUCGAUCCCCCUGAGGCACAGGCGUCAUCCCGUGCUGGGGAAUCCAAGAGAAAAUGGUUUCUCAGAAUUCAGGAAAUUAUUUGUGGAGAACUUGCACCAGAUCAUCACAUAUUGUGCUGUCUAUGGUUCCCUUGGGAUGUCCUCCCCACAUUUUACGCUUUUGGGCUCCACCACUAUGCUGGCCUUGACAAUUGCAGUUGUUCCAUUAUGCACACAUAUUUUGGCUCUGGUGGUGGUCAUUGCUGUCAUGGGCUUUUUCAUGGGCACUGUGGAUGUGGUGUCCAAUGUGUGCAUGAUGCAACUUUUUGAUAAAAAAGUUGGCCCCUUUCUCCAGUGUUUGCAUUUUUGCUAUGGGCUGGGAGCUUUCUUGUCUCCCUUGGUGGUGGAGCCAUUUCUUCUACGGAAUGGCUGUCCUGAGAAGCACAACAACCCUUACCAUAAAGCUGCUCAUAGUGAAGGACAUGACUCCACUAUGCAUUCUGUCAAUGCAUCAGAACACAUCAGCAACCACAGCAGCUUCAACAACACAGAGUCUUAUGAGGAUUCUGAAGCAGAUUUGGAGCAUGCUUAUUGGAGCAUGGCUGUGAUUCAGAUUCCAACGAUUGUUCUGACGGCGAGCUUGUUGCUAAGAAGAAAACUGUCGGGCAUGGAUGACAGUCACGAAGCAGACCUCGUUUACGAGAUGAUGAACAAAGGGUUCGAGAUCAAAGGGAUCAUCAACAAAUGGCGAGACCCGGACGCGCACUCGGAAUUCGCUCGAGGCAGCGCGACGGAGAUUCAAACCCGGAUGGUGACUUAUUUGGCCUCAUCAAUGACCUUUCUUGCUGACGGAUUGCAGGCAGUUUUCGGCUCUUACAUUUACACGUUCGCGGUGAUGUAUGUGCAAGGAAUGGACGCAGCGAACGGAGCACAUUUGACUGCGUCUUUCUGGGGCAUGUUUGCCUUUGGCAGGUUUUUGUCAAUCGGUCUGGCCACAAAACUGGGCCCUGCGACCAUUUUACUACUCAAUACGUCGGGAACAUUGCUGUCAAUCGCCUUGCUGGUGUUUUUCCCGCACAAUCAUGCGGCAUUUUACAUCGGGGCCAGUUGCUUCGGC